UUUUAUGGUUUCUGCAAAGUUCCAUCUUUUACUGUGAACUAAAAUUUAUCUGAAUACUACCAUGUUUUUGUCUUCUUGUUCAUCUGGGAAUGCUUAAUUUUUCUACCUUAACGGUAUUGGUAUUUUCCAUUCAACUGAAAAAAUGUUACAAACCCAACAAGAAGCAACUGUUCUUGUUUCCAAAUUACUAAAAAUCCCACCACUCGAAGCUCUCACACUCUUCAAAUCCUCAACUGAACAAGGCUUUCAUCAAACUCACCAAUCUUUCUCUAUAAUCAUACACCAACUUAUCUCAUACAACUCAAUCUCAAAUGCUCAAUCUUUAAUCUUACAGUUACUUUCUGGUAGAAUAAAUUCACCCCAUUUCACAGUUUCUUCUUUACUUCACCAUUUGACACUUACCCAUUUCUUGAAUUCCACUCCUUUAUAUGAAAUUAUCAUUAAUGCCCAUGUUCAAUCUCAGUUAACAGAUCAAGCUUUGAUAUUUUUUAAUCAAAUGAUUGAUAAAGGACUUGUACCUUCAUCGAAUACGUUUAAUAGUAUGCUUUCUUGUCUUAUAAAGAAUGGUUCUUUUGAAAAGGGUUGGUUGAUUUUUGAACAAUCAAUUGGUAAGGAGUUCUUGGAUAUGUAUAGUUUUGGUAUAGUGAUAAAGGGUUGUUGUGAAAAUGGUGAAUUAAAUGGUGCUUUUGAGGCCUUAGCUAAUUUGAAACAAAUGGGGUGGCGCCCGAAUGUUGUAAUAUAUACAACGAUGAUCGAUGGGUGCUUUAAGAAUGGCGAUGCUGAAAAAGCAAAGGAGUUGUUUAAUAUGAUGGAAACCGACGGUAUUAUGCCUAAUCAGUACACUUACUCUGUCUUACUUAACGGUUUCUUUAGGCUAGGACGUAAAACUGAUGGAUUCGAGCUUUAUGAGAAGAUGAAGCUUGAUGGAGUGUUUCCCGAUAUAUACACUUAUAAUUCUCUUAUUAACGUGUAUUGCAGCGACGGAAAAGUUAACAAAGCAUUUGAAUUAUUUGAUGAAAUGUGUCGUAAUGGGGUAGUGUACAAUGUUGUAACUUACAACACUUUGAUUAGAGGGUUAUGUCAAGAGAAGAGGGUGUUAGAGGCUGAGAAAUUAGUGGAUCAAAUGAAGCAGGCCGGUUUGCACCCUAAUUUGAUCACAUACAAUACUCUAAUGGAGGGUUAUUGUAUUGUUGGAAAGGUUCAGAAAGGAUUAAUUUUGUUCAAUCAGAUAAAGUCUUUAGGGUUAACACCUACAUCAAUCACGUAUAAUACUUUAAUUGCGGGUUUUGCUAGGUCUGGAAAUCAGUCAAAUAUUGUUGACUUUGUUCGUGAGAUGGAGGAAAGAGGCAUAUGUCCUUCAAAAGUCACGUACACGAUUUUAAUCGAUGCAUUUGCUCGAUCCAACGACAUGGAAAAAGCACUUGAGGUGUUCUCGCGUAUGCAUAAAGCUGGUUUGAGUGUAGACCUUUGUACGUACGGUGCGUUGAUACAUGGGUGGUGUAGUCAAGGAAAUAUGAAGGAAGCAUCGAAAUUGUUCCUAUCAAUGUCUGAAUAUCAUCUAGAGCCUAAUGAUGUAAUAUACAAUAUGAUGAUAUUUGGAUACUGUAAAGAGGGCAGUUCCUAUAGAGCUUUGAAGCUGCUCAAAGAAAUGGGUGAGAAUGGAAUGAUUCCCAAUGGAGCGAGCUAUUGCUUGACGAUUGAAGUUCUUUGUAAUGAUGGGAAAUGGAAAGAGGCCGAGAUUCUUGUCAAUGGCAUGAUGAAAUUAGGUUUAGAACCCACGGUUUCAUCAUGUGAUCUAAUUCAAAAGGCAAAGAACGAGACACUUAAAGAUAUUACGAAGGUGGUACCUGAAAUAUUUGCAUGGAAUAAGCAUGUGAAGAAACAUUAACUAAAAAAUGAAUGAAGGCUAGAAUACCUUAAAGUGCCUUGUCCUCCAUAUCAUGCCCUUCUGCUAAAAUUAUGGAGACCACUUAAUCACAAGCUUAUGCUGAAUCUUGAUAGAGAAGAAAAGAGGAGGCCUUCUUUACAAGCUCGUAAAUGAUUAAAUAGUAUACUUCCUACAGAAGUCACAUCAGCAUUGGAGUUCGGUAAUAGUUGCAUGCUAUUUUUUUUUCAUCAUAUGAGGCAGCAAAAAUAACUUGUUCAUCUGUGUAGUUCUGUCGUCACAUUGGGUUUGACGAAAUCAACUAUAAUAGCUUUUAGGGUUUAUUUUUGUUGUUAUUAGUGUUGUUUUCUCUCUAAAGAAAGAGCUUAAUGAAGUUUUUGGGAUACCUCUUUGUGGGUGGGAGAUGAGGAUUCGGGCUCACUAAAGUUCUUGACAACCGGUAGAGCAGCUGCUCCUUGUUCUUCAGUUGGUCAAGGGAACAUUCAUCUACAUUUAUGUUAAAAGGGGCAAUAAAUCUUUUGCACUGUCAGUGCAGUCAUUCCAGAUUAAUUCUUCUUUUGCUGUGGAUAUUUCAUAGUGGAAUGAGCAAAAAGUUUUUUUGAAGGAGGUAAGUUGGGGUUGAUAUGCACGUUGUGCGAAAUCUCCAGUAAGCAGCUGAUAGAAGCUUAUGGUGCAACUUUAUCUGUUUUUUUCUAUCCAAUUUUACUGUCUUGACAUGUAUGAUUUCCUUUUGUUUUGUGGGCUGUUCAACUGUUGUAUUUUGAUGUGCACUAAGUUGUUGGCCCCUUUGGGUUAUAUGGAUUUCAUACCCUA